CACAGUUUCAUUUACACACCGUCUGUAUAAAGACAGCCUCCAUCCUCCACUCCGAUCCAUCUUCGUUCAGAGACGGAACAGGAACAUGCCUGAACCCGCCAAGUCCGCGCCCAAGAAGGGCUCCAAGAAAGCCGUCACCAAGACCGCCGGCAAAGGAGGCAAGAAGAAGAGAAAGACCAGGAAGGAGAGCUACGCCAUCUACGUCUACAAGGUGCUCAAGCAGGUCCACCCCGACACCGGCAUCUCCUCCAAGGCCAUGAGCAUCAUGAACUCCUUCGUCAACGACAUCUUCGAGCGCAUCGCCUCCGAGGCGUCUCGUCUGGCUCACUACAACAAGCGCUCCACCAUCACCUCCAGGGAGAUCCAGACCGCCGUGCGCCUCCUGCUGCCCGGAGAGCUGGCCAAGCACGCCGUGUCUGAGGGCACCAAGGCCGUCACCAAGUAUACCAGCUCCAAGUAAACGGACCGACCCGAUCCACACAACCAACGGCUCUUUUAAGAGCCACACACUUGUUCUGAAGAGCUGAAUUUUUCUAUCAAAGCCGACUUAAUGAAAAUCAUGAAAAUAUUAAUGUUACGAACUGGAGUAAUGUGUGAUCUCUACUAGGAAUUACAUGGCUGCGAGUCUUGCACUACAUGUUAUACUCCCUGUUAUUACAUUCAAUUGACUGUAUAGAAUGCACGUAGAGUGGACUAAAUUGGAUGAAGAAAAAAGAUUUUUUUUUUUUUUUUUUUGCGUGAAAGCACCUGAUUUUGUAUGUGACACUUGGACGAUGCAAUCCUAAAGUGGAUGAACAUGUACGUAUUGUGAUUACACAGUUUUGAUUUCAGUUUCACUCUUUCAAAUCUCAGUAAACCUGCUGACAGUGUC